AUAAUCAUCAUUUCUUACUUCUGCUUUAGGCACCUCAGGACCAAACUGAACUGUCAAUACAGCUGAAAAUCAUGGAUCAACAAGAUAUCUACAUGAACGUAAAGAGACCAAGAGGUAAUCCUGGCAAAAGGAAGAAUUUGGUCAAAGGUUUCAAAAGUGUUUAUGAGAAUGAAGAUAGGAUCCAAACUCUAGAGCUGAACAGGACUGGACCUGCAGGUGCUGGAGAUACUAACAGGGCAAAGAAGAGUUCCUGCAGAGGUGCUGCUGUGUUUCUGGGUCUGCUUAGUCUUCUCCUCCUGGCUGGACUCAUAACUAUGAUUUUCCUAUACACCAAAGGCGUCUCUGAGUGGGUUCAGCUGCAGAGCAGUUACAACAAUUUGUCUGCAGAGAGAGACCAGUUGCAGAAAAGAUUUGAAGCCAUAACCAAGGACAAAAAUGAUCUGCCGACAAAGCUCCUCUCAGACACAGAGAAAAACCGUUGUGACAGAUGGGUGAAGCUUGGCUCCAGCUGUUACUAUGUAUCUACUGAACAGAAGACCUGGACGGAGAGCAGAAAGGAGUGCCAGAGCAAAGGAGCUGACCUGGUGAUCAUCAAUAGUGAAGAGGAGCAGAAAUUUGUCAUUAAGUUCAACAAAAGAAUCUGGAUUGGGCUGACUGAUCAAGAUGAGGAGGGCAUCUGGAAAUGGGUGGACGGGACAGCUCUGACUGCAAAGUACUGGUACGCUCCACAGCCUGAUGAUGGUGGGCAACCAGGAGUGAAAGAAGACUGUGCAGAGAUGUACGUUAAAGGUUCUGAUCCUUUAUUAAAAUGGAAUGAUAUUCCUUGUUCACAUCGUAACUACUGGGUCUGUGAGAUUUAAUCUGACAACCACAUCACUGAGAGUUAGCCUGAAGUAAGAGAACUUCUUUAAAUAUUUUGUAAAUUUAUAAGGGGUCCUGGGCCAUUCCUAUGAGGCAAAAAGGGGACUAUGUAAUGUGCUUUAAAGCUGUUAACGGUUUGAUAAUAGUUUGAUUAUGAUCUGAUGCAUGUCUCAAUGAGAGUCCUACCCUAUGAAUCUGGUUAUCAUCAUUUCUACCAAUAGCUCUCUCAAGUAAUAACAGAAACAAAAUGUCACAUUUUGUCGAAAAACCUUUGUUUCUUGUUUUUUUUUAGAUGCAAAAAUUGUUUCAAUUAACCUCUGUCUAGCUGUAUUUUUUUCCCGUCUUUAUUUGAUGCAUUUGUGGCUAUAAUAAGCACAAAGAAAAAGGGAUGUUUGUCCAGGUUUCAGUGUAAAGAUUGUGGUUCACACAGACAGAGGUGUAGAACAUCAUGGCUGCAAAAAUUGGCCCCACCGUCUCUCAAAAACAAUCCAUCGUAGAGAAUUACUUAAUAUUUCAGUCUAACACUAUUUCUAUGAUGAUCUAAACCCUAAUUAAUUAAGACCCAAAAUGGUGGUGGUUAUGCCAUAAAGGACAUUGGAAUGUUUGUAUAAUGUUUUCAUUUUCCCCAUGAUGAAUAAAAAGUUUAACAACCUCAAAAUACACAGAAAGUUGCAAUAGAUCACAGGCAUUUUCUGUCAUCUCAGACUCAUAAUUGACUGGAAUUAUAAAUCUUUUUGCAAAUUAAGGUGACCAUAUUGCAUCAAUAAAACUAUCCAUCUACUUGCACCCUGAUGACAUGAUGUACUGUAUAUAUAUUUAUACCUUUACUCUUACAUUUUCAGUAUUUUUUAGUUUAUAUCCAGGGGUGGAAAUCCCAGGGGGGACAGGGGGGACAUGACCCCACCUGCAGUAAAGCUGUACCCCCCUAGAAUAAUUUGAGACACAAUUAAUAAUUUUUGAACAAUGCAGUAGUAUUUAUUAAAAGCACAAUGUAAGCGGGGCUCAUUAUAAUCGCGCAAUAAUGUGCUAUUUAAAUCUUAAAAGAUUUAGUCCCCCCCUCUCAUUCCUAGAAGUGGUAUAUCCCACACUCUUUCCAACAGGCGGGGCUAGGCUGGACCCGGCAGCCCACAUCGCGCAUCGCAGGGUAAGAUGUACACUCACACAGACACAGUUUAAAUUACACAAGUUACAACACAUCCCAUUUACUGUUACAACAAGCCCCAGGCCCAGGCUUAUAAUAUAAACUGUCUGCAACAUUUCUCCUGCAUUGUUCAAAAGCCUACUCAAUUAUGAGUGCUGCUAAGCUAAAAGCUAAUGAUUAAGCUCAGAGUUUAUUGAUAGUCAGAGAGGACAGGAGAGAAAGAAGAGGGAGAGGACAGGACAAGUGGCGGAGCGGCUCGUAGCUAAUGGGUACCUGUCUGUGGGCUCUCCACCUGUCAGUGAGACAAACAUGAGAGACGUGCAGUUUAACCGACGAGGAGCAGUCAUUACGCGCGACUAUUACGCACGGUUGUGAGGUGCACAGCGGCAGAUCUCACAGCACACUGUUUAUAAACCAGUUUACCAGUUUAAUUGCAGGAAAUGUUUAGUUGUUAGGCCAUUAUAGUAUAGACAUUCACUGUAUAUCCACUUUUCUACAUGUGGCUGCUGCUGGCUUGAGUCUUGACUCUCUCGUUACCAAUAACUUGCAAUGCUGAGAUAAAUGUUUGAAGUCCAAAAAAAAGUAAUUUAUUACGAACAGGUCAAUGAAGCAGGUUUCAAAAUUCAAAAUACCUUGUAAACAAACAAAAUAUUCAGUAUUAUACAUUGUCUUUGGUUACUUUUCUUUCAAACAUUUUUUAAAGUUAUGAUCUCACUGCCGGUAAAAAAAACGAAAACAAAAAACAGAAACGGUUUGCUCCUGCAGCCAGCCAGAGACGAAGGAUCCAUUCCACACACCUGAGCCAGAGAAUCAAGCAGAUCCCUUGUAAAGUAACAGCACUUUCACUUGUUUAGCAUUUGUUGCUCAUAUGUAUUUAUUAUGAAUAAAUUUUUCAUUUCUUCACCAAACACUGAUAAUCUGAGAUGUUAGAAUUGUCAGAAGCUUCUUAAUGUAAUCUCACAGUAAUAAAUUGCAUGUUGAUACAAUUUCUGUUGAUAUGUCAUUG